AGGGAGGGGGGGAGGAGGAGAAGAAGGAGGAGGGGUGAGAGCGUAAGGCACCCAGCGAAGGAUCCUGACUGUGUGGCAAAAAGUUGUUGGAGAAUGGAGAGACACGCGGGGUACACCGAAUCUUCGAUCGGAAGGAUUCGUAUGCAAACUGCUUUCAACUCACCGGGGAGCAGCCACUAAAAAGUGGAGAAAUACGGGCGCAAAAAAGGAAUGGCUGAUCCUCUGCGGAGGACAUUACUAGCAAAACUCCGGGGCAAGAAAUCCAAGACAGCCACAGCAGCUGUGGGAUUCGGCGUCGCUUCCAAUUGCGAUAACCGUGAAGGUAAAGAAAAAGUUUUCCAGCAAGUAGCCGAAGAGCAGUCGUCAACAGAGGUCGCGACAAGUGCUAGUCGGGGCAAGACCAAAGGGAGUGAGGGCAAUACAGAGCGCAAGAUUAGUGUAGUGCGAUCAGACCGGGUGAUUGUGGCUGGAAGCACAUCUGCUCCCUGUGAGACCUUUGUGCAAGUGAACAGCCUGGAGAUGCUCAGCGAUCAGAACGCCGAUGAGUUUCGGGGUCGAGAUAAUGAGCAGCUCGUGGGGGGGCCUCUUCAAAGAGCCACAUUGCAGAAAAUGAGCGAGAGGGACAUGAUGAGUCGCUUUAAUGAGCACGAUCCUCGUUUCAUUAGUCCCACGCGACCCGCGUCCUUCGGGAGGUCAGAUGCACAUAGACAUGCCUUUAUUCCUCGGCAGUACACUGGGGACUCCAUUGGAUUUGGGAUUUAUGAGAAUCACGGUUUAAACGGAGACAACGCUUUUGGACAUACUGGGCACGCGUGUUGGAGAGAUGCCCAGUACUUUGUUUCGAAGAAUAACAUGAUAAAUAUUGCAUCCCGAAAUGGUGUAGUUGGAGGUUCAGGAUUUAGCUCACACAUAGAUUACAGAAUGAUAGAGACUCGAGAAACUGGGGUGCGAGUUGAUUUAAAUUCGACCACAGAAACUGGCCGCAGCGUCUCUCGGGAUAGUGCACAAGACGGUUCACUUCUUAUGUUGUCCCAGAGUUGCGGAAAUGGCCUGACAUAUAGCCGUAGUUACGGUGAUAGCUUUCAGGGUCCCGCAUACUUUCCCACGGACUUGACCUGCGUUAGUUAUCAGACCUUAAAUGGGUUUGAAGCUAAUCUAAGGGAGGGAAUGCAGCGGCACAACUCGAUAGACAGUGAGGAUGAAGACUACUAUGACAACUACGAGUGCGAUACUAAUGGUCUUCAAAUGGUUGCCGAUCCCGCCAAAGAGUCCCCAUUCCCGAGGCUGGUUAGCUGUGAGAUCGCAAACAGUCUGGGAAAAAACAGUGCCCAGGAAACCGACAGACUCCGAACACAGCUCCAAGAAGCUUACUACUUGUUGAUUAACGCUAUGCAUGAUAUUGGGACCGAUAAUCAGGCGGGCAGCACCGUUUUUGCUGAUCAGGUGAGCACUUCCAGCUGCCACUCCGAGGACAGCGUGUGUACGCAGUCUUCUGCUAAGGCAUUGGAGACAGAUGGGUGCCCCGCAUCCGAAACUCCGGAGCAGGCAACCCUCAUAGCGGCACCCCUAGUCAGUCGGAUAGUGUGCGAAACUGGCUUCAGUAAAAGUAGCGACGUCCGUAAAAGCACGGGGGACAUAACGAUGGUUAGAUACACAGCUGGCUUACACCGUUCACUUAGUGACGGAGAUGUGAGGUUGGCUGCGGACCACACCGGGUCCCCUCGCUUGGUCAACAUCGGUACAUAUAACAAAGAAUGCAAACUGCAUAUCCAAGAAGUACCGAACGGACACAUCCUGGCAGGACAUUACGGAAAAGACAGUGUUGCCACGGUAAACAAUUUUUCUGGAUUCUCGGAGGUUGUGGAACACGAGGGAAGCAAAACUGAAGGCUGCGCGGGGGAAAGCGGCCCGGUGAAGCCGCCGGGGGUGACGGUCAACAAGAUGCAAGAGUGGAUGCACAAGGGUCGUCUGCUCUCCUCAGAGAUGAAACAGCGGAUCACGGGCUCCACACACAGGUCCGUCGGAGUCUCGGAACCGAGUGCCAGGAAAGACGACACGGCCAAGAAGAGCGCCCUGGCCGCCUGCCCAAGGACAGAAACUGUAGAGAAUGCACACAGCACUCUCAUGGGCAAGCGAGAACCAAGAAAAUGUAAGCAUAAUGAGACCACAGAAUCAAGGUUUGCUGUCAAUAGCAUAACUGUGUCCAAAAAACGCAACUGGUUGCAGCAAAGUUCUCAUAAAAAUCAUACUACUGAGGAGAGCAUAAUUUCUGGUGCAUCUGAAGGAGAUUCUGUUCAUGGAACUAGUCCUCCAAGUCCCUCUGAAAGGAAGAGAACUGCCCAGCAUCACGCAGUUUUGCAUGUGGUAUGCACUCAGCCUUUGCGAGCCUUUUGUCCACAGAACUCAAUGAAACAGACAGGGCAUCCAAAUCAACAAAAUACUAACUCAUCUCCUCUUGGACAUCCAAUUGUUGAUCUCACAGAAGACAGUGAUGCUGAUGAUGAAGGAGAAAUAUGGUACAACCCCAUCCCGGAGGAUGAGGAGUCAGAACCAAAUACUGGGUGCAAUGUCAGUGCAAAGGUAGGCCGCACCCAAGCACCUAAUUCAAACAGUCUGAGGAAACCAGGCAAUGGAGAUUCUAGCAAAAAAGUGGAUUUCUUCCUUCCUCUUGGGAGCCCAGCUUCCUCAGAGGUUUUGGCUGACUGUCUUAGUGUUGUUGGCAAUGAGGCCAACCACGCAAAUUCCGCACAUUCCAUUGAUCGUCCGCAGUUACACAAGCAGAUGUUUGGUGGCAAGGUGGGAGGUGGCCCUUCUGCGGAAGACGUUUUUGUUCCAGUGACCCGGUCAGCAACUACAGUCCCUCCAGAUGGUACUGAAGCAUCCAGUGUGGGAUUUUCACCCCCUUCAAGUCCCAGUCCCAUUAAAAAGGGAACCUCAAUUAACUGGUCAUUUCCGGACAAGAUCAAGUCUCCAAGAACUGUUCGAAAGUUGUCCAUGAAGAUGAAAAAGCUUCCAGAGCUUAGCAGGAAGUUGAGUGUAAAGGGUGUUUCCAGUAACACCAGCCAUUCAGAAUCCCAGGCCACCUCUCCUAAAAGCAAUGGAACCAGCAGUGGGAUGGAGUCAGGACAGAGUUCUUCCUUGACUCCCGGAUGUAGCACAGCUGCUGCUGCCAGUAGAAAUGUCAUCUCUCGCUACCAUCUGGACAGCAGUGUCAACACCCAACACAGUUACAAGAAGAACAGCUCUGGGGGCUCAAAAUCAGCCAGUAAGGGUGGCUACUUGAGUGAUGGUGAUUCCCCAGAACUUGUGACCAAAUCAGGCAAGCAUCAUGGUGAAAAUAAAAACAGUAAGGGUAAGGAGCCUGCUAUUAACAAUUCUAAAGGGCAUGGCACAGACAUUGAUGUUGAUGCCUUCCGCCACUACAGUUUUGCUGACCAACCCAAGAGCUCCCAGUACAUAUCAGGGCUUAUGAGUGUACAUUUCUAUGGAGCAGAAGAUCUGAAGCCCCCUAGGAUUGAUUCGCGAGAUGUUUAUUGUGCUAUUCAAGUGGACUCUGUUAACAAGGCCCGCACUGCUUUGCUGACUUGCAGGACCACAUUUCUUGACAUGGAUCACACAUUUAAUAUUGAACUUGAAAAUGCGCAGCACUUGAAGUUAGUUGUUUUUAGUUGGGAGCCAACACCUCGAAGGAACAAGGUGUGCUGCCACGGGACAGUUGUUCUUCCUUCCCUCUUCCGAGUCACUAAAACCCACCAGCUAGCAGUAAAGCUAGAGCCAAGGGGAAUCAUUUAUGUGAAACUAAAUCUGAUGGAGCAGUGGGAGAAUUCUCUCGACAGUCCUGAUUCAGACCGGGAACCUAUAGUCUUUGGAGUGGAGGCUUGGAAGGUAGUGGAGAAAGAGAAUUCUGGACUUAUGGUGCCCUUACUAAUUGACAAGUGCAUCAGGGAAAUAGAAAAACGUGGCUGCCAGGUGGUUGGAUUGUACCGUCUCUGUGGUUCGGCUGCAGUCAAGAAGGAGCUCCGUGAGGCCUUUGAACGAGACAGCAAAGCAGUGGAGGUCUCUGAAAACCAAUAUCCUGACAUCAAUGUCAUAACAGGUGUUCUUAAAGAUUAUUUAAGAGAGUUGCCUUAUCCUCUAAUAACCAAACAACUGUAUGAAGCAGUGCUGGAAGCAAUGGCCAAAAGACCUCUCCGGAUUGGUGCCAAUGGAUGUGAAAAUGAUGCCUCUGACUCGGAAUACACUGUUAGCCUCUUAGAGCACUUGCCUGAUAUAGAGAAGGCUACCCUGAAGAUGCUUCUGAACCAUCUGAAACUUGUGGCUUCGUACCAUGAAGUAAACAAGAUGACUUGCCAGAAUCUUGCAGUUUGCUUUGGACCUGUUCUACUCAGUCAACGACAAGAGGCUUCCAGCCACAGCCACCGGGUUUUCAUCGACUCUGAGGAGCUUGCCAGUGCUCUCGAUUUUAAGAAGCACAUUGAGGUUCUUCACUACCUUCUCCAGCUGUGGCCAGUGAUGGGUUCUCAUACCAAAGAAUUAAAGCUGAAUGAUGACACUGAGAAGCAUCUAGGAAACACAAACUACCUGCGCAGAAAGCCACAGCAGUCACGGCCACAGGUCCUCCAUUUGAAUAACAUGGACAUAGCUGGGGUGCUUAGGCCAAGGCAGGGGAGGCUGGACAGUCCUAGUAACCGCUACGCAGGAGACUGGAGUGCAUGUGGUGACAGUUACUUCAGCUCAACGGCCAUGAAUUCAGGGGGUGAGGCUGAUUACGACGAUGUCCCAUCAGAAGAUACAGAAAGUGACGAGGAAAUGACUUUUGAAGAAGUAGAAGGACGUUCCAAGACCGAAGGACCUGAAAAUCACAUUCAUACAAAUCCAAAGCAAAUAUCCAAAGAACACACCUAUCAGGCAUACAUGGAAAUACAGGACAUUGGCCCAUCCUUGUGUCAUCAGGUCAACUUGCGAGAUCUUCAGGAAAGUAUUGACACUUUAAUUGGAAACUUGGAACGAGAACUCAAUAAAAAUAAACUGAAUGCAGGCUUUAAAGCAUCCAAUGGCCUAAAACAAGAAAAUCCUUUUUAAUGACAGCUUUGUGUCUUCUGGUUAUUGCAUGAUUUCAGAGUGACUUUAGACUUCUGGCUGCAAGGAGUUGUCAUUGUCUGUGUGGGUUGUUGUACAAUCUUUGGUAUUCUGUGAUAUUUGUUAAUUUUCUUCUUAUUAGAAGAAUUCACUCACCCCAAGGGGUGUUAAGAUGCCUUAAUUGAGGCAAGGUUAAAUUGUUUGGCAAAGCUUUGUAUUAAAAUACAUUGAAUAUGUAAAGCAAUGCACUUAAGAAGCUGAUUUUGGGGGCAGGUUUUUUUUUAAAGUAAGAUAUUAUCUAUGUGUUUAAUUUGAGAUAUUUGUACAGAAUAGAACACCUCAACCACUUUACGUUUUCAAAAUGAAACCUCAUCACUGGGGUAUGAAUUGCUGCUUGCUAACAUGAGGUUACAUUUAAAUUCUUCAAGAAAAUGCGCAUAUGUAAAAUCAUUUCAUGCAAUACCUUAAAAUGUUAUACCAUUUGAAAAUGUCACAGGCUAUACAUUUUACAAUGGCAUGUCUGUUGUAUAUUUAGCGUAAACGUGCACAGUCACUGAAAAUUAUGCCCAGUGGAAAUUUGUCUCACAUACCACAAAAACAAUGAAAAUAUUGGCCAUUUUUUUAAGGGCCUGAUAUAUACAGUAUAAUGCUCGGAGUUUAGUCACAUAAUUGAAUUUCUUCUACUCUUGAAGAUCCUUGAAGUCUGAGUAAAAAGAAAUCCUGUCACUCUUACAUUCCUCUACCUUAUUAAAUAAGAUUUGUGUACAAUCCUAUUUGAGAGAAAAGAUUAAAAUGAUAUCUUUGUAACCCUGUAUAUUUUGCUGAUGUGCAGAUAAAGCAAGAAGUAAAGCACCAAACAGAAGUCUUGUGCUAACAUGUGGACUUGUUAAGAAAAGAAAACAAAUCAUUAAUUGUAUGUUGAAAUAAAUAAGACUGUGGGGAAGACAAGUCAACCUAGCAUGACUGAACAACUCCAGACUGUGAAUAUGAGUGUGAUGAAAUUCAUUACGAGGCAAUUGGUAUUCACGGUGUGGAAAAAAAAGAAAAAAUCAAUUGGUCACAAUAAGAAUUGCUAGAAUUUCCUUUAUGCCACUUCAUAAAGGAAAAAGCAGGUUCAGAAGAUGGAUGGAUGUUAUGAGUUCUGGUUUUCUGACUCUCUUAUAUUUUCCUACAUUUGUCUGUGUCCACUUCAUUAUGCCAUCUUGUUUGUAUUUCUUUUGUUUUUUCUUGACUGCCCAUUUUUUCUUUCUUUGUAAGCAUUUCAAAAUAUUAUUUUGAUUCUGUCAGAAGUAUAACCUUGUCGAGUGUCUUGUAAAGAGCUUUAUGAAAAUGCUUAUUAUUAAAACAUUAUAAAAGUUUAAACUGCAUAAAUAGAGAUUAGCUAUUAUAUAUACAGUACAUACACAUAAUUAGUAUUGUAUGCAAUAUACUGUAUUAUAUGCCUGUUAAAUAUUUACGAUAUAGAACUACUAGUUAAUACAUUGAAGUAUUAAGAUGACCUCAUAUCCUUGUCUCUCCAACUCCAUACAGUAUAGCAGAAGCACAUAUGUAAUGUAGUCAUCGCUCCUUGUGCAGUCCCAUGUCUACGAUUACCCAUGUAUGACAUAAAUGCCAUAUUUGGUUCAUUCAUGCCUGUCAUUAAUUGUGGCAGUAGUUUUUAGCUCACCAUGAGAUGCAUGACUGCCCACUGCACAGCCUCCUAUAUCCUGGAUAGUGAUUACAGGCUCACAUCCUAUGAAGUCCGACUGCACCUGUCUGUUCACCAUACAAUGUCCUGAGUGGUGUAAAUCUCCCUUCUUACCUCUAAUAAUGUGAAGAUAUUUAGUUUUGGUGCCAUUCCUCACAGUCUGAAAUGAAAUUUCAAGGUCUUAUGUAUUGUGAAAUUGUAUACCAUGAAAUAUAUCUAUAAAUGUAUGAGUGUGUGUAUAUA